UUCAUCCGCCUUCGCAAGAGACCAGGUCUCCUUUCAGUUUGAACAACUUUUUACCACCAGUAAAGAAAACAGGGAGAGAUGGCAGUGGUUUCAAAGUUUCCACAAGGGUAUGGAUAUGUAGUUUUGACAGGAGUUGGAAGUGCACUCCUCCUACAGUGGACGAUGUUCAGAGUUUUUAAUACGAGAAGAAAAGUUAAAGAUAUCGAAUACCCAAGUCUGUAUCAUCCCGGGAAAGAAAAACUGAACUGUGUUGUUAGAGCCCAUCAGAACAUAUUGGAGGGUUAUCCUGUAUUCCUGAUGGUGUUGUUUGUUGGAGGUUUACAGCGUCCCAAAAUCUGUGCUUCAGCUGGAGGGGUAUGGAUUUUAGGACAAGUGACUUAUGUAUAUGGUUACUGUAGUGAUGAUAAAACAAAUAGAAGAUAUGGAAAGUGUAUUGGAUAUCUGGGUUUGUUAACAAUGUUCGGCUGUACCAUUGAAUUUGGUGUUCGGGAGUUGAUGCACAAAAGAAUAUUACGUACUGCAAUUGGGGUGAAAAAUGUCAUGGCAACUAAGGCAAAAGGUUUAUUGCCAACCGUAAUGAAGAAACAAAAUGGUUAACAUGAACAAUCAAAAUUAUAAUUUUACAACUCCAUUUACAUACUUGUGUAAACAACAGAAUUUGAUAGUCCUUUGAAUCUUAUACUGAGCUCGUGUGCCAACUGACAAUUUUUCUUACAAAGGCUUCAUAGGUAAAAGCUUAGUUGACUGGAAAUAUUGCAUAUUUUUUUAGAAAUUGUUUAAUAUAUGGUUCUACUUAGUAAAUUUUCAAAUGCUGAAUUUCCGUAGUGUACUUAAUAAAAAAAAAAAAGAGACAAUAUUUCACUUCAAAAGAAUUACUUUUGGAAAAGAAAAAAAAAUUCAAAUAAAUAAUACUAACAUUUCAAAUAGAAGAUGCUGAACCAACAGUUUGAACGGAACACAUAUAACAAUUUAGAGAAAACAUGAUUGAGGCAAAACCGAAACAAACGUAAUGACGAAAUAAGGGCGAUAUGUACUGAAACCAACUUUAACUUUGGCUUUCUUGAGGUAUUGAAAGGGGCACCAUUACACGAAAAUUUACAAUAAUUAUUUUUGCUAACAUUACGUUAAUGUAUCAUGUAGUUAUGUUGUUUUUUUUUCAAUUGACGCUUGUGAAAGCUCUAUAUUCAAUUUGACAUAUGAUUGUAAUUUGAUGCUAACGCUAGCGAAAAAGUAGGCGUUUGAUGAUUAAUAUCAUUCGACUAUCUUGCAGAUACAAAACACCAAAGUGAUAAUGAGUGAGCAAGUAUAUUUUUAAUUUUCAUACCACAUAUCUUCAAACGAUCAAAGUUUAUAAUUUGUCAUGUUCUGUGAGGGUCAAAAUCUGUAAAGGAAUAUGGAGUAGUUAUUUAAAUACACAAAAAAACACAUUUUUUUUUAUUUCCAUCAUUACAGGUACAAUCUGUGAAAGUUUAUUCCCUGUUAUAAUUAAUCCCUCUGUUUUGAUAGAAUGUCUCAUUUUGAGUAUAUAAUUAUAUUUUUUGACUGAU